GAUGCGCGAAUAAAGGCAUAUUAUAUUUGGGCAACAUGACACGAGCAGUUUUGGUAGUGGUUUUAGCUGUGAUGGCGAUUGGAUUAUCUGCACGCGGCAUUCGCGUAAGACGCGGCUACAACAACAGCGGCUACGGCUCAGGCGGGUACGGGCGCGGGAGCGAUGAGGGCGACGCCAGCGUCAGCCAGGAGGGCAGCAGUGGCUGCAAUGGCAGCGGCAAUAGCGGGAGAGGCUAUGGGAACAGCGGCAGUCGCGAGCUGGCCUACCACAAGGACGGGCGGUCGUCCUCCGAGCGCGUGCGAGGAGGACGCUCCUUCGCGUCCGCCUCCGCCUCCGCCACCGCCUUCAAUCAAAACCUGAGGAGCAACCUCGUUAAAGCAUAGUUGUUGGGAUGAAACUGAUAAUUAAUAUGGGGCUAGUUAAGAAUUAGUUUGUAGACUUUUGUAUAAUUAGAUAAAGCAUAGCAUAG